CCCAAGACGUCCAUGAUGGAGAACAAGAGUUAUCGGAUAAUGCAGUUGCAUACAAAUCUACUGAAAUGUUUAUUUUUAUGGCCUGUUGACACGUUCAGCCCGGGCUUGAACUCAUUGCUGAUGUAUGGAAGUUUUUGUAUUAGCAUGUGUUGCGGAAUCCCUAUUAUUUCCGCUGCAGGAUAUCAGUUCUACGUGGGAAUUGAGGAUGUGAAUAUUCUACUGGAAGCGCUGAUAGGAGUUUAUGACAUUAUUGGAAACACAGUAACUUACGUGUGUUUCCUGAGAAAGCAACGACAAAUCCAGGAAAUUAUUGAUGAUAUUAAAGACUUUUUCCAGUACUGUGGAUACGAAACUGUUCGAAAAAUUGAUAGCGAAAUUAUGCGCCACACAAAAUAUUUUUUGUUCUACGUGACAGUCUCUGUAAUUUUGAACUUAGCAUGGCCCAUGUUGUCCGUUAACAACUGCUUAAAAUCAAGACGCUCUGAUUUCUACAUCAAGCAUGAUCCAUGUGGAAUGCCAACUCAGAACUUGUACCCUUUUGAAGCCUCAGAAGGAAUAGUGUUUUGGGUUCUGUACAUUAUUGAAGCGAUAUUUUGUUAUCACACGUGCUGUUUCUUCUCGUUGGCCACCGUUAUUGUUAUUGGUUUUUUAAAACAUAUAACGGCGCAACUAAAAUGUUGCGCCUAUAAGUUUGAGCAUAUUUGUGAUUAUAUGGGUUCGUGCAAAAAUGACGAAAAUGUAAUAAUCCGGGAAUUUGUGCAUCUGAUUAAAUACCAUCAGCGCAUAAUAAAAUAUGCUGAAAAAGUCUUUGGAAUUUUUGAUGUCAUGAUAAUAGUCUACAUCGGAGUCACCUCAUUCACUUUGGCCAUAAUUGGGUACCAAAUUGCGAUCCCAAAAACGAAUCUUGAAGAUCGCAUAAGAUAUACUAUGCUACUGAUCGGAUGGGUUCUGUUGUUCUACUCUAUUUGCUUCUAUGGGCAGCAAGUUAGAGACGAGUCGAUGAAAGUAGGAGAAGCAAUUUACAAAAGCGAAUGGUACCAACACCAAACAUUGCUUGGCAUGAAAACCGAUAUUAUGUUUGUAAUGAGACGAACUCUGAAACCUCUCGAUUUUAAAGCUACACUUCUAGGAGAAGUGUCCCUUAUAGUAUUUGUCGCUGUGAUGAAAAGGGCUUAUCAACUAUUCACCCUUCUGCUGACUGUUACCGAAGAUGGGCCUUAAGGGAAUCAUUUAAAUUUAUUGAUCGAAAAUUGAAGUAAAAUGGAAAAAGCUAUAAACCUUAGCGCACUUAUCACAUAACAUUUCUUUAGGAGUAGGACGAAGCAGAAUAAUGAGCACUGUAAAAAUAAUAAACUAUUGAA